GCGCGGCAAAAGCAAGGAGCAAAACAAAAGCAUGUGGAUGUAAUUUCAACAAAGGCUACAUCAGAUUGAGCUUGAAAACUCAACCACUAACCAUGGGGAUUCGUUCAACUCAGAAGAAGCACUUCCCUCUUCGAGGCAUUGAUGGAGUGGUGCAGCUUUUCGAGUCUGAGCUCAACAGCCCAGAACCAGACUUGGCCCUGCUGUCUCUAGUGUUGGGUUUUGUUGAGCACUUCCUGGCCGUCAACAGAGUGGUCCCUGUCAAUGUCCCGGGCGUUCGCUUUGAGCCUCUUCAACCGGACUCCCUAAACUCCUGCUUCCCUACAGUAGAGCUGAAUCUCUUAUCAGCCCUCUACGAACGCUUCAUGGCCCAGAUUCGUGGUGCGGUGGACAUGUCACAAUAUCGCAAACCGUCUGGCGCUUCCAGCCGAGAGCUGGUGAAAAAGGUAUCCGAUGUGAUUUGGAACAGUCUCAGCCGAUCAUACUUCAAGGACAGAGCGCAUAUUCAGUCCCUCUUCAGUCUGAUUACAGGCACUAAGCUGGACAGCUCAGGAGUUGCAUUUGCAGUGGUUGCUGCAUGUCAGGUGUUGGGUCUGAAAGAUGUUCAUCUCGCUCUCUCUGAGGAUCAUGCCUGGGUGAUUUUUGGCAAGGGUGGGGAAGAAACUGCAGAGGUCACAUGGCAUGGGAAGGGAAACGAAGACAGAAGAGGUCAAACUGUCAGUGCUGGAAUCAAUGAAAGGAGCUGGUUAUAUCUUAAAGGCUCUUACAUGAAGUGCAACAGGAAUAUGGAGGUUGCGUUCAUGGUUUGCGCCAUCAAUCCAUCUCUAGAUCUGCACACAGACAGUACCGAGUUAAUCCAGCUCCAGCAAAGGCUGUUGUGGCUACUGUAUGAUCGAGGUGAUUUGGAAAGGUAUCCUAUGGCCAUGGGCACUUUGGCUGACCUUGAAGAUCAGGAACCCAUGACUGGGAAAGAAAGCCCUCUGUCCAUUCACCUUAAGGCUGUUGAAUCUGCUAAAAAGUAUUAUAACAAUGAGCACAUCUACCCUUACAUGUAUCUGGCUGGGUACCAUUACAGGCACAGGGAUGUCCGGGAGGCUUUGGGUUCCUGGGCUGAGGCAGCAUCAGUAAUGCAAGAUUAUAACUAUUGUAGGGAAGAUGAGGAGAUCUACAAGGAGUUUUUUGACAUUGCUAAUGAUGUCAUUCCGACACUCCUUAAAGAGACCGCAGCUGCUGCUGAAAGUGAAGGCACAGAUGAAGCGGAAAAAGAGGACCAGCCCAGAGAAGCAGCUGCUUUGACCGCCCUUCAGGACCCAGAAUGCUUUGCUCACUUACUCCGGUUUUAUGAUGGGAUUUGUAAAUGGGAAGAAGGAAGUCCCACACCAGUGCUUCAUGUAGGCUGGGCCACUUACCUGGUUCAGUCUCUAAGUCGCUUUGAUGCACAGAUCAGGCAAAAGGUGUCAAUCAUCACCAAAGACACAGAGCCAGUGGAUGAUGAUGACCAGUCCAGUGAGGACCUGCGGGAAGGGCGUAGGCGAGGCCCAAGACGGGAAUCCAAACUAGAUGAACCAGCAGGAUCGGCUUCCCCAAAUCCAGCACUGCCUGCUCAAAAUCAAAACCCAGUUCCCAAAAAAGUGGGUGGAGAAGGAGGCCGGCGGCGCUCCUCUGCUAGUACUCGAGGUAAAGAGGCAGAUGGCAAAAACGAACCAUCAUCCCCAAGUCCCAUACCAUCACCCUCCCAACCUCCCGCUGUUCAGGGAGGACCGGUGGUGGUUUUCCACAGCGAGAAGAUGAAGGGUAUGAAGGAGCUGCUCUCGGCGGCCAAGGUCAACUCUAGUGCCAUCAAACUGCAGCUGACAGCUCAGUCUCAAGUGCAGAUGAAGAGACAGAAACCCACAGCUUCUGGAGAUUACACCUUGUCCUUCAUGAAACGCCCUCGCAAAACCCUUUAAAGUGGCUCAUUUAUAUACAUAAAUAUAAAUAUAUAUAUUUUCUACCUUUUACAUUUUCACCUGGACGGAUUUUUUUUUUGAUCACGUGCAAAUGACUGAUUUGCCAAUGUUAUAAGCUGAUGCUGAGUUAAUUAUCUAAUUCAGUUCCUCAAAAUCAUUUCAAGUUGGCGAACUUGUCUAUCAUAAACCACCAAUUUUGUUUCAUUAUAUAAUAAAGGAAUUUUAUUAAUUUGCCUUAAUUUUGUAUAUUGACCAUUUGAUUUGAUAAAUCCAAAUGACAAAGAGCCAAAGUGAUUGUCUUUUGUUGUGUCAAGAUUUUAUUUUAAGAUGCAAUUAUGUUUUUCAGCUAGCUGGUUGUCUGCAAUACAGUGAAACUUGUGUUUGCUUUCAAGUCUAAAUGUUGUAUUCAGAAAUGUUGGGGCUCUCAGUCUACAUAUGAAGGUCUUGCACUUGUUUUAUUGCUCUUCACACAAACUGCUGAAAUCCAUAGCUGACCUCGAGUUUAUUAGUUUAGUUUUAUUUUUCAAAACUAUUUUGUCAUUGUUAAAGUAUUUUCUGUAAAAUAAACGAUUGGAAGAAAAC